AUGACCGAGUUGCCCCGGCUGCGUCAAGAUGGCGAUCUCCAAUAUUAUCGUGGAAGCUAUCGGAUAGCAAGUAUUAAAUACCAACAGGUAAUUCAAGCCUAUCAGAAUGACAAUUCUGAUAACAUUCAAGAUGAGGAACGUUAUGAUGACUUUAUUCGCCUAUCAGAUUGUUUCUGUAAGUUGUAUAAUUAUCAGCAAGCCUUAAAAUAUUGCGAUAUUUGUCAUUCUAUUGCUGUUAAACUCCAUGAUAAACUUCGUACUUCGAGAAGUAACGAUAUCUAUGGCGAUGUCAAGAGAAUGCAAGGUCGAUAUCAGCAAGCAAUGGAUUAUUAUCAACAAUCUCUUAAAACAAAACUCGAAGUAUUAGAUGAUCAUGGUAUUGAGAUCGGUAUAUCAUACUAUCAGAUCGGUAGAAUAUACUCAUUACAAGGAAAAUACAACGAUGCUUUGUUAUAUUUACAGCAAUCGUUAGAUAUUAUGCGUGAAGAUAUGGUAAGGGUGGUUAAUAAGUUAAACAUAGGCAAAAUUUACAACGAAAUAGGAUUGGUUUAUUGCUCUCAAGGUAAAUACAAAGAUUGCAUUUUUGCACAUGAGCAAAGUUUAAAGGUAUAUCGUGACGCCGUGGGUGAGAAUUGUGUAGGAGUUUGUGAAUCAUUCAAUAAUUUGGGAUUAGUAUAUGAUUUACAAGGCAAUUAUGAUGAGGCAAUCGAUAUGCAUCAGAAUUCGAUACAAAUAAAGUUGAACAUUAUUGGCGAAAAUAGUAUGGAAGUAGCAGAAUCGUAUUAUAACAUGGGAAUCGUAUAUCGAUCAAAAGGCAAAUAUAACGAUGCUAAGACCUGGUUUGAAAAGUGUCUAAGAAUUCAGACAGAUUUAAUAGGUGAAGAUAAUAUUUAUGUUGCCAAAACGCUUAAUGGAAUCGGUCAUGCUCACUUACGAAUGGAUAAUUAUGAGGAUGCUUCAUUGAAUCUUAAUAAAUCGCUGAAAACAGUAUCGGAAAUAUUAGGAGAGAAUAGCUUGGAGGCAGCAUCCUGUUAUAAUAAUAUUGGUCUUGUGUACAAUCUGCAGGGUAACUACGACAAAGCUUUAUCUCUGCAAGAGAGAGCAUUAAAUAUUCGACGUGAAACUUUAGGUGAUAACCAUUUAUUGACCGCUGGUUCUUAUAGUAACGUUGGAACUAUUCUUAAUUAUAAAGAAAAUUAUGCUGAUGCUUUACUUAUGUAUCAAAAAUGCUUAAAAGUUGAGCUAGACAUUUUAGGAGAAAGCAGCCUAAAUGUUGCUUCGUCGUACGGAGAUCUUGCGUUAGUUUACUACUCUCAAGACAAAAUUGACGAUGCUAUAGAAAUGCAGCAAAAAUGUCUUAGCAUCCAGCAAGAUUUAGUUAAAGAGAACAAUGAAGAUGUAGCUAUCUCGUUUCAAAACAUUUCUGCAAUGUAUGAGUCCCAAGGUAAAUAUGAUCUGGCACUGUCUAUGAGCUUUAAGGCCUUAGAUAUUCGAAAGAAAUUGUUUGGAUGUGAUAACUUGAAAGUUGCUACUUUGUAUAAGAAAAUUGGUAUGAUCUAUAAUUCACAAGGUAAUUUCGACGACGCAACGGAGAUGCAGCAGAAAUGUUUAGAUAUAGAGCUUGAAUGUUUAGAUGAAAGUAGCUUUGUAAUUGCUACUACAUAUAAUAAUAUUGGAAUCAUAUAUCAGUCACAGGAAAACUACUUUGACGCUUUAACAUAUUUUCGUAAAGCCUUGGAUAUUCGACUAAGGUCGCUAUCAGAAAAUCCCAUCGAAACUUCGGAUUUAUAUGAAAGAAUUGCUACAAUUUUAGAAUUACAAGGUAAAUCCAGUGAAGCGGUAAUUGAGCUUUUAAAAAGUCUAGAAAUAAGACAAAAAUCGACCAAAGAAUAUGAUGAAAGCUUAUCUGUGUUAUAUGAAAGGAUAGGCAAUCUUUAUCGCUCGUUGACACAAUAUGAUGAUGCGUUGUCCAUGUUCAACAGUUACCUGACCUUUGAAUUAAAUCGUAAAGAGGUCGACCCAAUUGCUGUUGCAAAGGCCCAUAAUUCUAUAGGCAAUAUUUACGAAUUGGAGAACAAUUACGAAGAAGCUGUUAAAGCCUACCAAAAAGAACUGCAUUUAUAUAUAGAUAAAGAAGGGCAAGAGUCAUUAAAUGUUGGUAUUAUUUAUAAUGAUAUUGGAUUAGCCUGCUACGCCAAUUUUAAAUUUGAUGAAGCUUUGGAUUGCUUUAACAAGGCUUUAAACAUUAAUUUAAAGUUAUUUGGAAAUCAUCACUUAAAUAUUGCAAAGUGCUACAGCAAUAUGGGAGAUGUCUAUAUGUCUAAAGAAGAUUGUGAAAAUGCAUUAGCUAUGUACAAAAAGUGCUUAAAUAUUCAGCUAGAUUUAUUAGAAGAGAGCGAUUUAGCUAUUUCUGAAACUUGCAAUAUUAUAGCAGGAGUGUACUUUUCGAUAGGCAAAUAUCACGAAGCUGGCGUAUUGUUUGAAGAAUGCUUAAACAUUCAAAUAGAGAACUUAGGAGAGGAAAAUUUACAAGUUGCUACUACGUAUUAUUGCCUUGGUAAUACGUAUAUGGCUCUUGAUGAAUUUGAUUCGGCUCUGUAUUAUCAUAAAAGAUGUCUAAGUAUUAGAAGAAAUCUUGCUGGCAUACUUAGUCCGGAAGUUGCUCAGUCAUUGCGUAUGGUGCAUACCAUGGCUGGCCGCUCUCGUCGGAAUUGCAGUGUCAUGUAA